AUGGGUCGAAGUCUCGAAGAAAUCGAUUUGGUCUUUCGUAAAAGCCCGUCAGUAUUUUCAACAGUACAAUAUGCGAAGAAGAACCCUCACCUUACGGUCGAAGAAAGCUUUGUCGAGGAAAAGGCGGACAUGAAGCACGAGGAGAACGUGUAG